AUGGCGAAACCCAAACAGUUGGUCUCUAAGCGCAACCGGUUCUAUGAAUCGGAGACUAGCAGCAGCGGCGAUGACGAGGACCCCGACCCGCCCGUCACCAGAUCUAGGGCGUCGAACAAGGGCGACAAUCCUACUACUCCCUGCCCGCCGACUCAAGACUCCGGAAGGGCUUCUAGGUUCGCGUCUCAUGUUGUGAAUAAGGCGAUGGAGCCCGUGCCGGACGACAUGGUGGCCGCUAUCGCCCGGAAUUAUAAGAAGGCAACGUACAGCAACGUGAUGCUCAUGAAUCACCGCGGUGUCGGAUGCACGGUGGAUAAGGACGACUUCAUGUCAAUCGAGGACGAUCAGUGGAUUACAGAUGGUGUCAUCGACUUCCACAACGUUGUGCUGUCUGAGCUCGCAAAGGCGAGCUCCCCAAGCGCGAACAUGGAGUUUGUGGACCAGACGCUGAAGGAGGCGGACUGUUGCAUUUUACGGGAGGACAAGCUGCCACAGCAGCCUAACAAGGAGGACUGUGGGAUUUUUGUUUGCCAGUACCUCAAGACCCUCGUGAAUACCGACUUCGCCACGGUUCUUUCGGGCCUCUGGUUCCAGGGUGUGACACCGCACCAAUACAGGAGGGAGAUGCGGCGCGACCUGUGUGCACACGCGAGCGGCGCUCUUUUGCAACAGCUGCAGGACAUGGGAAUUGAGAUCCCCCCGCAAGACGAAGGCCGGGUUACCGAUGAGGGUACAGUGGUGCAGUUGAAGAACGCGGCUGUGGGAGAUGGGAGGACGGCACCGGUCACUCGCCCUGUGGAGGACGCACGGGUUACGGAGGUGAUGAGGCGUGUAGCCUCCUUGACUAACGAUGUGAGGUACCUGAACGCCACCGUCACCGUGAUCGCCAACUUUGUGGGACUGAGGCGGGACGAGGUCAUGUCCGCUGCAACCCAACUGCUGCUGCAGGGCGGUCACCCGGGCACCGGCACGAAUGCAGAGGCGGGUGGCAACAAGACUGCGCCUCGCACACCACAGCGUCCGUCUGCUCGUAAGAGGCGGGCCGACAGCAGUCCUGAGGAGGAUGGCGUGCGCAACGGCACCAGGGUAGCGCUGGCCUCCACGUUCGCUGCAUGUGCGCCUGCAUCGAGCCUGCUCCCGAACCCGCUGCUCUCCCAAGGUGCCAUACCUCACUGGAUGUUCACGCGCGGGAGGCAGCUGCUCGGGAACGGUGUGCCACCUGGAGAUGCCGCGUUGGGAGACACGCACGGGCAGGAGACGCUGAAGGGCGAAGAGGAGGAGGACCUCGUGUCCGACUCAGACGACGAUGGCGAGGACGAGGAUACGUGUGCAACCACGUACACGGGUGUGAAGCUGGACAAACGGACUGGCAAGUUCGGCGUCAAGAUCUUGAUCAAAGAACGUGGAAAGCGUAAGCAGCAGCGCCUGGGAGCAUACACCACGGAGGAAGAGGCGGCAUUCGCGUAUGCCGCUGGUGCGUUCGUCCUGAGGCCACGCGACAGGAUACCCAACACCGUCACCCUGUCAGCGGCUGAGAAGGCGAUGCUGCGGGGAUGCACAAAGAAGAUUUGCAGAUACUGGUGGAAGCAAGGAAGUGGUGGAGACCUCGAUGGCUUCCGAGGAUACGAGGGCCGGAGGCCGCUCACGUCGUGUCUCGCAACCGCCGGCAUACCUGCGUUCGUCAUACCAGUUGACGAUGCCGCGAGGUCGGCUGUCGAACGGGAAGCGUGGGGCGACCAUGACGGCACGGGUGCAGAGAGUGCAGAUUCGUCCGAGCGCAGCGAGGAAGAGGACGAGGAAAGCGAAGACACAUCGGCGCCAGGCUCACAAGAGGAAUCCGCCGACGAUGGAUGUGCGGGAAUAUCCGCGGCCAAUGCUGACAGGCGCACACAUCAAGAUGCGCGGGACACGGAUGUGUCUCGAGGCGACGGCCGAGGACAGGCGGACGGACUUGUUGGCCGCACACGCGGGAACACCUUGGACGCCAACGGCGAUGACGUGCGCAUCCCUAGCCGGAUCCUCGAGCAACUCAUACAGGCGCAGGACAAGAGCGCCAAGGAGAACGCGCGUUUGGAGGCGCUGUUCUUGAAUGCGAUGUCUCGCCCUUCCGGUGGCUCUGGUAAGCGUAAAGCUCAGAAGCAGAGAGACCCGGGUUCGGGUUGUAUGAACCCGAAGCGACAGCGUGGUGAGACGUGGAGUGGCGGGUCCGACGGCGACAGCGAGGAUGACGAUGACGAUACGCAUGGUUCUGGUGGCCGUCAUAUGCGUACCGCGAAGUCUCCUAUUCUGCAACGCGCGUUGGAGCAUUUGCCGACGGACAAGGCAUGGAAGGUGAGCGGGCAUGUUACCGUUGGGGCCUUUUUUUCCGUUCGUCGUGUUGGGCUGCCAUGUGGGUCAGGUGAUGGUUACCGGUUUGCACUUAUAUCAUGUUUUGUGUACACCGUAUGUGCGCAGAGGGUUUGCGAGCUGGCCAGGGUGCACAUGUUUCUCAACAGGCCGACGUCGACGAUGACCUUCUACCCGAGCAGCGACGAUAAGACUCACGGAGUGUGUGCGGUGCUGGACCGCCUGCCGCAUAGCUUCGCCUGUUUGGCGCUGGCGGCUGACAAGUCGCGUCGCGCGGAUCUCAACAAGACGCUAUCUGAGUGGAAGACAAGGGCUGCCGCACGCGUGCGAGACAUUGCACUUCCCAAGCUCGGAUUGUUCCGCGACGACAGGGACGCAUCCAGCCCAUGGGCGCCCGAGAAGGCACGCAGUAUCGAUAAGAUCCGGGAGCGCAUUGGUCUUGGCGCUGACCCCCCUGAAACCCUGGUGCUCACGAGCUGGGCGAACGACCGUGACGGCAUGCCGUUUGCCUCCCGGGCGUUCGCGACAUGCGCGAAGGCUGCAUUCAGGCCCAAGAAGGCCGGGCUGGUGAUGACACUGAAGGUGUACCACCUGGCCUGGUUGGAGCAUGUGGUCUCCGACUGCGUCCUCUACUGGGAGGAGAGGAAAGGCCGGCUUUCCAACUCGGCCGGCGGCAACGCACACGUCGUGGACGGCCUCAAGGUCCUGGUGAAGGAGGUCGUGGAGAGGGCGAUCAGGAUCCGCAACCCGGAGUAUGACGCGGAGCGAGAGGCGUGGAUCUGGGGGCGCCAUGGACUGCGCAUCUCUGCGUGCGGCCUGGAGCACAUGAAGCCCACCGCCGCAGCUCAGUCCGAAGAGCCUGAGGGGGACGACGACCUCUCGGCAUCAGUUGGUGAUGAGUAG